CCGCGAGUAAGCCUACCGAAAGACUCACGGCUUAGCUCCCAAGAAAACCCCCAAAUCUCCAUCGACGAUCCUCGAUCAAUUUCGACGAAAUUUCCCUCGAACUAUUCAUUAGAUUUUGGAUGAAGACGUCUCAGUUCAUGGACAAGCAGAUCAUGGAUCUAACUGGAUCAGCCACCGGUGGCGAGCUCUUCGAUCUGAUGAAUCCACAGGAGGAGGAGAGCCAUGGCGGCAACAAUGGAGGUGGCGUCUUGAAGAAGGAGGAGAUAUUUCCGAGCUACGAUUUUCAACCGAUCAGGGGCAUUGGAUCCUCAGCAUCAGCCGCCAGUAAUAACAGUAGCUCGAAUCGUGAUCGAGGAACGCGGAAUUCUUGGGGAUCUGCUGAUUCUAAGAUCGCUUCGAUGAGUCACAAGCAUGCCAAUAUUCUAGAACCUCAUGAAGUACCAAAGAUUAGCCAUGAAAAGGAUAGAGAUGCAUACAAUGUGGCUACAGUGACUGAAAUUGAUCGAACUGUGAAGAAAUAUGCUGAUAACCUGCUACAUACGUUGGAAGGUGUAAGUUCAAGGUUGUCGCAGCUGGAGAGUAGAACACGACAUCUUGAGGGUUCCGUAGAUGACUUGCAAGAUACAAUGGGGAAUAGCAAUGGCAGCACAGAGGGAAAGCUGAGGCAUCUAGAGAAUAUUCUAAGAGAGGUUCAAACAGGUGUUCAAGUUCUCCGUGACAAACAUGAGAUAGUUGAGGCUCAACUCCAGCUAGCAAAGCUACAGCAAUCUUCUUCCAGGGCACCUGAAUCAUCAACCGUAACUGCUGCGCAACCAAACACUCAAAUUCAGCAGCAAACAUCGCCACCUCCGCCUUCAUAUGCACCAAGCCCACCUGCAGCAGCUCCACCUCAACAAUCAGCUCCUUUCCCUGCCCCAAAUGCUCCUCCGCCUCCCCCGCCAGCUCACCAAAACUCACCUCCUCAAUUCCCUGCCCAAUUACCUCAACCCCAACUUACCCGCCUCCCAUCUUUAUCACAAGAAUCUCCUUAUUUCCCUCCAUCCGGGAUUCAAACAAUGCAGCCUCAGCCACAGCCUCAACCUCAACCUCAGCCUCUAUCUCAGCCACCACCACAACCACAACCUCAACACUACCAAUUACCACAAUACUCGCAACAAAUGCCACCAUCACAACCUCUGAACCCACCUCCACCAAUGCCUCAUCUCCCUGAAGAGUCGGCCCCAUAUAUGCCACCGCAAUCUCAGACUUACCCUCAAAAUAUACGCCAGCCCACUCCUUUAUCUCAACAACCUCCAGCCAGUGGAUCCCCUCAAUAUUAUGGCUCUAGCCAAUUACCCUUUCCUUCAGGCUGUACCCCAUCUUCUGGUUUUAGCUACUCCGAUAGUUAUCCUUACAGUGGAUCCCCAUCUCACUACAGCUCUUCAAUGAAACCUUCACCAUUCUCCAAUUCUCCUCCCACUUCGGGCGGUGGAGUUGGUGGGAAUUAUUCUCGUCUUCCUACAGCGAAGAUGUUACCUCAGGCAGUGCCAACAGGAUCUAGCUCAGUUGGAGGCAGUGGUAGGGUUCCUAUUGAUGAUGUGGUUGACAAAGUCGCAACAAUGGGGUUUUCUAGAGAACAGGUGAGAGCGGCAGUUAGGGAACUGACAGAGAAUGGACAGUCAGUGGACCUUAAUGUGGUGCUUGAUAAGCUUAUGAACGAUGGAGGAGGGGAGAUGAUCCAGCCUCAAAAUGUUUGGUUUGGUCGGUGAUUGUUUGUUUGUGCCUUGGCUUUGCGUUUUGUGUAUAUACUCUCUUUGAAUCUUUGUUGUUUGUUGCUUAUUUGUGUAAUCUGGAUUGCUUUGGCCGAGAUGUACCCUGGAUUCUAAAGAUUUCACUGUUACUGUUUAAACUGAAUAUAAUUGUGGAAACUGUUGAUUGCUCAA